UAUCCAAUAUAUAUACCCACACACCUCUUUCCUCUGUUUAAUCUCUUCUCUAUAAUAACUUCGUCUAUUCUUCUCACAUCUUACUUUCUAUCAUGAUUUCUUCUUGGAGACGCCGGAGAGCCACUCCGCGUAUGCCCAGAGGUUCUCUAGGCGACCCAGUUGAGCUGACCAUUCCCACCCAUUUUCGAUGCCCCAUAUCGCUCGACUUGAUGAAAGAUCCGGUCACUUUGUCCACCGGUAUCACCUAUGAUCGAGCUAGCAUUGAGACUUGGAUUGAAGGAGGGAAUUUCACCUGCCCUUUCACCAACCAACCAUUGCAAACUAUUGAUUCUAUUCCUAAUCAUAACAUAAGGAAGAUGAUUCAAGAUUGGUGUGUUGAGAAUAGAGCUUAUGGGAUUGAGAGGAUUCCGACCCCGAGGGUUCCGGCUAGUCCUGCACAAGUUCGGGAUAUUCUUGAGAAGAUGACCGCUGCGGCACGGCGAGGGGAUUUUGAAGGAUGCAAGUCCAUGGUGGAGAAGAUCAAGAAUUUGGGAAAAGAAAGUGAAAGGAACAAGAAAUGCAUCAUUGCCAAUGGAACAGGUAAUACAUUUUCAUCAAUAUUCGAAGCCUUCUCGAAUCCCGAAACAUUUGAGAAAAGAAUCGAAAUUUUAGAGGAAAUUUUAUCAGCCAUGACAAUGGUGUUCCCUCUACAAGAAGAAUCCAUUAAACACUUGAAAUCGGAAACUUCAUUACAAUCAUUGGCAUGGUUUUUGAAAGGAGGAGACAUUUCAGGAAGAAGAAAUUCAGUUUUGGUAUUGAAAGAGAUAAUUUCAUCAUACCCAGAAAAAGUUGAUGAAUUAGGUGUAAUCCAAGGAGCAUUAGAGGGUCUUAUUAAGCUCAUAAAAGAUCCAAUUUGCUCAUCUUCAAAAAAGGCUUCACUUUUCAUAACAUAUCAUGUUAUAGCCUCAACUUCUUCUUCUUCCAAUCAAGGGAGAUUCACAAAAGCACUUCUUCAAAUGGGGUUGGUCUCGUUGCUACUCGAAACCCUAGUCGACGCCGAGAGAAGCGUAUGUGAGAGAGCGCUGGGAGCGUUCGACGGGAUUUGCGAGACCAAACAAGGAAGAGAAGAGGCGUAUGCCCAUGCUCUAACGAUGCCCGUGAUCGUGAAAAAGAUACUUAGAGUAUCAGAUUUGGCAACCGAGUUAUCGGUGAGCAUUGUUUGGAAGCUUGUAAAGAAUGAGAGUAAAGAAGAAAAAGAAGAUGGAGGGAUUAAGGUAGAAGCACUUCAAGUGGGAGCAUUUCAAAAGCUUUUGCUGUUGUUGCAAGUUGGUUGUAGUGAAUGGACAAAGGAGAAAGCAACAGAGCUGUUGAAACUCUUGAAUAAUCUUCAUAGGGAUAGGUUAGAAUGUAUUGAUUCUUUAGAUUUUAAGGACCUCAAAAGAACAUUUUGAUUGAGAAGUUAAUUUACUUAAAAUUCAUGUAUUAAUAUAUAUAUUUUACUGUAAUUAAGAAGAUAUUAUCUUGAAGAUAUUAUCUUAUUUUGUA